GGUUAUUGUUGUGUAUCGCAUUGCUGCGCUUGCAAAAUAUUUUCCAUGGUUCAAAUAUCGCGUGUUUAGUGCUUCAUAUUGUUUUCUAGUGUUACAGAUGCAACAUUCGUGAUAUAGACUUGGUUACAAAAUGCGGACAUUGAUUUGCGAGAUUUGUGGUCCACAUGAUGAUGAUGUCGCUGAAAGACACGCGGAUUCACUGCAACAUCGAUUGAAUUAUCAUCUGGAGUUGAGAGAAGUGAGCAGGAAGCUGAAAUUGCAUUGUGAUAAGAUUUUUGUACAUCAACAAAUCCAGUUGGCUCAUCUGAGUGGUGUUCAAGUUCAAUAUUUUGAAGAUACAGGAGUUUAUGUUACAAAUUUGCAAUGUGAUAAGUUUGAAGAGUUGCAAAACAAGUUGGAAUUUGAAUUUUUGGUUAGGAAUGACAGACCUGAUCAACAAUGGAUUAUUGUGGAGGCUUUACAUCCACUGGAGAAGUAUUUUUUAACUGAUUUUAAUCCCCUUCCAAAGAGAAGAUUGGAGUUUGUGUUGGAAAAUGGUGAAAAGUGUAAGUUUUUACUUACUUUUCAACAAGACAACUUCACAAUGGGCAAAUACACGCUGCCAAUCGCGAUAACAGUCCAACCAGCAGCGAAUCCAAUUGCCUACAAGGUACUUUAUCGGGAUGUCGAGAUCACAAUCGGUGAUUUCACCGUCGUUGAGGAUACGGAGGAAGCGAGUCCAUUUUGCAAUGAAAAAUGGCCGCUCAACAUGGAAAUACAGGAACCUACUAAUCAACCCAAAUAUCUGGAGAAUUUUCAUAUAAUAUCUGAAUAUUUCCGUGUGUACAUGCAUUGUUUUAAAACUUUCAAAGGAGAAGCCGGUUUGCUUCAACAAUAUCGCCUGGAUACACUUCGUAUGUGGGAGAACGGUGUGAAUAUUUCCAACUACGCUGAAUAUUUCCAUCGUUUGCUGUGGCUUGAAGAAUGCACACAACUAAUGGGAAUCCUUCAGUAUAACAUGACGCGUGUGCGCGUGCGCGUUGUUCGUUCAAAUGUCAUCUUGAAAGUGCCAGGAUUGGCUGAAAAACGCCCGUCUGUGAUGAAGGGAGACUUGGUCCUGCUGCGUCUGUCGAAUGAACGCCGCGCGUAUAAAGGUGUCGUCGAACUGGUGGAAGAUGAACAGUUGACCAUUGAGUAUCUAGCGCCAGAACUCUUAACAAUCCUGAGUAUACUACCAGAUACACUUUUUGAUGUCAGUUUUUUACUUUCACGACUGCAACUUGAGCGCAUGCAUAACGGUGUUGAUCUUUGUGUGAAAAAUGGAAUGUUACACACGACGUUAUUCCCAGUACGUCCGUUAAACCGCGUGCAACGUCGUUCUUUGGGACCUGAAGACUUGUUUAAUCCAAUGAUAGCGUUGAAUCCACAACAAUUAAUCGCUGUCGAAAGUAUCCUCAGCUGUACCUCACAGAAAGCACCGUAUAUUAUCUUUGGCCCGCCUGGAACAGGUAAAACUGUCACUUUGGUCGAGGCGAUUUUACAAAUAAAACGCCAUUAUCCAAACAAAAAUAUUCUGGUAUGCGCGCCGUCAAAUGCCGCAUGUGAUAUGCUUGCGCUCAAGUUAGACGAUCAAAUAAAAGGACGUCAGAAGAAGGAUUUGUUCCGUGUGCAUACUUGCAACAGAAACAUCAACGAUGUUCCGACGGCUGUGAAGUAUUUCAGCAACAUAGACGGCGGGGAAUUCUAUAUGGUGAAGCCCAGUGACUUGAAAUCGUACACAAUCGUCAUCUCCACGCUGCAUUUGAUCGGAAAAUUUUCUGGUAGUUACGUGCCGGAUAUGUUGUUUAUUGACGAAGCGGCGCAAACUACCGAACCAGAGUGUGAUAUACCGAUUGGUUUGCUUGCUCCGGGCAUGCCGAUUGUCCUUGCUGGUGAUCCGCGUCAAUUGGGCCCUGUCAUCGGUGUGCCAUCCGCUCGGCAUGGCCUGGCGAAGUCUUUACUUGACCGGCUAAUGGAAACAAUCGAGUUGUAUAGUCCUACACGCCAGAGACCUCUGGAAUUCAACAAUGAUUUUAUCACGAUGUUGGUGCACAAUUACAGAUCGCACGCGGACAUCGUAACAGUGCCUAAUAAGUUAUUCUAUGGAGAUUCACUCCAAUUUAAUAUUCAUAACGAUGAAAUUUCCAACAUGUCCAUCGCUGGAUUAGUGCUACAGAGUAAAAACAAGAAGAAGAAGAUGCGUAAAGGUGCAGCAGUGGAGUUUAUUGGUCUGUUGAGUAAAGAACAACGUCAAGGACAUUCGCCGAGUUACUACAACGAGAUUGAAAUUGAUAUGGUGUUGAAACUCAUCGAUCGCAUGUUAAAUUUAACAAAUGUGAGAGUUAUCGGCAGUGAUAUCGGUGUUAUUGCGCCGUAUAUCCGCCAGGUGUGUCAAAUCCGUAAUAAAUUGAACGCGCAAGGCAGGGAUGACAUUCAAGUGGGCACUACUGAGGCGUUUCAGGGCGGCGAACGUCGUAUUAUCAUUAUUUCCACCGUGCGCGCCCAAAGUGAUCUUUUAUUGUACGAUAAAAAGUACGAUUUGGGUUUCGUCAAGCAUGAAAGGAGAUUUAAUGUGGCUGUUACACGUGCGCAGGCGAAAUUGAUUAUUGUGGGUAAUCCGCAUGUGUUAGCGUAUGAUGACGAGUGUUGGGGUGCAAUGAUGGAGCAUUGUAAGCAGUUGGAUAGUUAUUAUGGCGAAGAUGUUCAGAGGGAUGAAACGACACGUUAUAAGAUUAUGCAGCAUUUCCAUGCACGUGAAGAAUGAGUGUGAUUGACGCAACAGAGUAUUUUUGUAUUUACUAAAUUUUAAAUUUUAUCUAAACGCACAAGUUGUGUGGAUCUUUAAGGGUUGUGAAACAAAACAAAAUAUAUUUUUAUAUUCGAUAGAAAA